ACUUAUAUCAGGCAGGCCCGGCCCUCGUCACCUUUUCUUCUCCCGUUCACGGUUCAGCUUGCUCUCCCCAGCAGCGACGACUGGGCGACCCCCGCCGCCGCACUAAACCCUACCCCAGGUCUGCGUCGGGCUCUUGCCGGCGGCGAGCACCAGCCAGCUUCCAAGAUGGCUCGUCGUGGAUUGAUGGAACAGGACUUAAGCAAACUGGAUGUGACGAAGCUUCACCCACUGUCACCUGAAGUUAUCUCACGCCAAGCAACAAUCAAUAUUGGUACCAUUGGCCAUGUGGCUCAUGGAAAGUCUACUGUUGUGAAAGCUAUAUCUGGAGUUCAGACUGUUCGGUUCAAGAAUGAGCUGGAACGUAACAUUACUAUAAAGCUGGGUUACGCUAAUGCAAAAAUCUACAAAUGUGAGGAUGACAGAUGUCCACGACCAAUGUGCUACAAGGCAUAUGGAAGCGGAAAAGAAGAUAGCCCUCUAUGUGAUGUGCCUGGAUUUGAAAACACUAGAAUGAAGCUCCUGAGACAUGUUUCUUUUGUCGAUUGCCCGGGACACGACAUUCUCAUGGCUACAAUGCUUAAUGGAGCAGCUAUCAUGGAUGGAGCUCUUCUUUUGAUCGCAGCAAAUGAAAGUUGUCCACAGCCCCAGACGUCUGAACAUCUUGCUGCUGUUGAAAUCAUGCGUCUUCAACAUAUCAUCAUUCUGCAGAACAAGAUUGAUCUUAUCCAGGAAAGUGCCGCGAUGAAUCAGCAUGAAGCAAUCCAGAAAUUCAUCCAGGGGACAAUAGCUGAAGGUGCACCUGUGGUGCCUAUAUCUGCCCAGCUGAAAUACAACAUUGAUGUUAUCUGUGAAUACAUUGUGAAGAAAAUCCCUAUCCCUGAAAGGAACUUUACCUCGCCUCCCAACAUGAUUGUUAUUCGCUCCUUUGAUGUUAACAAGCCUGGUUCAGAGGUUGAUGAAAUUAGGGGUGGUGUAGCUGGUGGCAGUAUCCUCAGGGGAGUUCUGAGGGUGAACCAGAAGAUUGAAGUUCGCCCUGGCAUUGUCAUGAAAGAUGAGAGUGGAAACAUUAAGUGCACUCCUAUCUAUUCAAGGAUUGUUUCACUCUAUGCUGAGCAGAAUGAACUCCAAUUUGCUGUCCCAGGAGGGCUUAUUGGUGUAGGAACAACCAUGGACCCAACUCUAACGCGUGCUGAUAGGCUGGUUGGCCAGGUUCUUGGUGAAGUUGGUUCACUACCUGAUGUUUAUGUAGAGCUUGAGAUCAAUUUCUUCCUACUCCGGAGGCUGUUGGGUGUGAGGACGAAAGGUACAGAGAAGGCAGGGAAGGUGUCGAAGCUCACCAAGGGCGAGAUCCUCAUGCUUAACAUAGGAUCCAUGUCCACAGGCGCCCGCGUGCUCGCUGUUAAGAACGAUCUCGCCAAGCUACAGCUCACCGCACCUGUCUGCACGAGCCGAGGCGAGAAGGUUGCUCUGAGCCGUCGUGUUGAGAAGCAUUGGCGCCUCAUCGGAUGGGGCCAGAUCCAAGCCGGUACAACACUUGACGUACCACCGUGCCCGCUUUAAACUGAAGCGUCAUACUCAGACGUGACCUGAAGUUGUGAGUGCCAAAGAGAAAAGAUGAGUUUGUUGGUAGUCCUGCCUUUGUGUUACUGCAGAGCCAAAGUCUUAGGCCACUCUAGUUUUAUUUUGUUUUGUUCAAUUUUGGAGGCCACUUCCAUUAUGAUUCCUGUGAACAUUAGCAGGUCGGAAACCAGUAUUGUGAACAUUGUGAGUACGGCAUAUGGAUCAGUAUUGCCAACGUCUUGCUUUCGCACCAAAUUUUAGACUUAUCUUCGAA